AUGCUCGAACGGGCUACGGGCUAUUUUGAGACGGCGGGGGAUGCCGCCCACUGGCUCCUAGCUCUCACACAACCGUCCGAUCAACCAUACUCUUUUGUUCCCAAUCCAUCCCGACGAAAUCAAAGCUCGAGCGAUGCCAAUCUACCAUUCCUCGAUUUCCUCUAUCCCCAGAAGACUCAAGAGUUUGCGGCCUCGCGGCUAUCACGACUGUCCAAAGGGGUGGGCCUACGUCGGAGGAAAAGAACGCUCCCCAGUCUUCGGAGAACGUACGUCUCGGAAGCCACGAGUAUUUCACAACAUCCACAAGCCGAGCAGCCACACAAUACAUCUUCUGAGAUUGCCAUUGACGAGCCAUCAAAACCUGUUGAGGCGAUAAAGAACCUUUGGCUCGGCUUGAAGUCGCGAGAUAGAUCUCGGAUACAUUACGAUAAUGUAUGGGUGCUGUUCCUCGCAGCUGGACGGCCAGCAGAGGCUCUUUCUGACCUUUGCGCCUUUUUAAGCAAGUCAAACGUUCAGGUCAACAUAGACCGAGCGUGGGAAACGUUCUUACUAAUUUCAGAACCUUCUGAUAAUGAUUUCUUCCACAUUACUCAGUCGCAACUUCAAGUCAAGAAGCCACCAAAGCUUAUUGAAAUAUGUGAAUUGGCUCUCAAAUUCAAACGCGCACGAUCCGUUUUCUCCUUGUCAUUUCUUCAUUUUAUAAAGCGUUAUGACUGGCCUCACGCUCAGAAAAUUUGGGUCCUUCGCUCGCAGUUCAACGAUGAGCAUAAGGGACGGAUCAUCUCCCCCAACUGGGAUGUUCGUAUACCCUCCGAGGUUAUCAAUAAAUUGGCGUCUUAUCUCGUGAGGAAGAAAGACAUUGCUGAGUAUGACGCUCGCAUCCUUCGAAAUAUCGCCGAAUUCUUACUAGAGCAUCUCUCUACUUCUCUCGACAUGCUAAAAGAUACCCCGAUGGAUACUCUCAAUUCCAUCAUGCAUAACUUUCGUUCGCUGGAGAUCUCGACUCUGCAGCAUUAUGUCAACAUCAUUGAAACCCUUCAAUCUUCAAGUGUUCGUACCGACUUUGCUCGUUCACUCGUUUUUUACCACCAGAUGCGGCUCUUCUUCUAUCCGCAAUUGGCUAAACAUGACGCGAAGUUCCACGCCCGCAAGAAAAUGUUGUCUCGCCAACUCGAACUUCUUACGCAAUUUGAAAUGCCCGGCCAGGUCUUGUAUUUUUUGGAUGAGAUAGCCCAUUUCUACGGGAAGCCAUCAAUUCAGAACUACAAAGAUCCUUUGAACCUGUUCGCUCACAAUGGAGAUGUGUCGCAGGUGAAUCUUGUAUUUGACAAGCUAGUCGCGGAUCAUGGCAACCCCAAGAGCCGCAGACUCGUGACUCCACUUCUCCUUGUCAAUGCAAAUGUUGGCAAUGUCCCGGAAACUCUGAAUCAAUUCAGAAGGUUGCAAGAUGAAUUCCAGCUUCAACCGAACACGGUGUGCUGGAAUAUUGUUCUCACUGCCUAUGUAACCAAUGAUGAUUUGGAUGGGGCCUUCUCCCAUUUCUCAAAGAUGGUCCAGAGCGCUGUUCAACUUGACUCUCACACUUUUGGAAUUAUGAUGGGAAUAUGUGCAAACAGAGGAGACAUUUCUGGCGUGCGCCGAUUGCUUCAACAAGCAGAGCUGCAGAAAGUACCUGUCACUAUGCCAAUGCUUAGCACGGUAGCUCAGGCUUAUAUUAGCGGUGGCCGGCUAGAUUUGGCCGAACAAUUGGCUGAGACUUGUUUGGACAGCAAGGUCGAAGGAUCUCCAAUGCGAAUGUGGAACUCGCUUCUCAUGCAGUAUGCAUUUAGGAUUGACUAUCGGUCUUUUAACCGGGUUUGGGAUCGUAUGACGAGUGUUGGCCUGACUCCGGAUGCCACGUCCUAUGCAGCUGAUUUGCUCCGUCUGGCUUUGAUUGGCUCUGCCGAUAAAGCGCGCAUGACUCUCAGGCGUCUUCACAAACAACGUGUCUUCCAUGCCACGGAGGUUCAUUAUGCUAUCGUUCUGCUUGCAUACAUCAAAAUUCGCAAUCUUGAAAUGGCUCAUGUCAUUUUACAAGAGGUCAUCUCAAGAUUCCCUGAUUCAGGCCUAGCGUCAAGCCUCCGGAGCUUCGAGGAAGAGAUAGCCCCUGACUUGAAGGCAGUUAAGCAGGAUGAAACCAACGACGAUGCAAAUGAACGUCUCAAGAAAGCAGAAGUCUUGCUUAUUGAGUCAAUAGCAAAUCGUGACUUCACUGCACUGGCCAGCAAGCUCCCAUCAACACAAGGUCGCAAGGAGGCUCUUGCCAAGUCUUUCAACACCUGGAACCACGAAUAUCUCAUCAAGCAGUACGGUGCAAAUGGCGCCAUGUCACUAGCUCGUGGAUUGUUUGACAAAUAUCUCAGCAGUUCCGAUUCUACCAGCCCACAGGGUGGUGAAUCCGUCCCGGCUCCAAUUCGCCUGGUUACUGCUAUGAUGGCUGCACACCUAAGAGAGGACCAAUUCGAAGAGGUGGAUGAAUGCUGGCAGCUUGCUCUAUCAAGCGCCAUCAAAGUGGCCAGUCGAAUCAAUGUCGAUCACAUACUCGAGACUUUGCCGUCACCUUCAGAUCCUAUAUCUGAUGCUGGCUCAUCAUCUCACAGUCUACCAACACUUUCUGCGGCGGAUAAGACUGAACAUUCCUCCUCCAUUUCGCUUUCUGGGCAAAAUCAUGACAUUCUCCCAGCACGUCGCUUCACGCUCUCUCGGGCAUUGUCUGUUUACAUGCGUUCAUUGGCCUACCGAAAUAAACACGACAGAAUCGCUCAAGUCAUGGAUGAGGUAAAAACAAUUGGCUUCGAAAUGACCACCUUCAACUGGACAACUUAUGUGCAGCUGCUUGCGGACUCUGACAAGUUCGAGCAUGUGGCAGAGGCCUUCCGUCUGAACGAGACACAGUUUAUGCCUAAUUGGCCAGGAUGGAAUCGACUGAAGAAAGGUCAGGUAUUCAAACCUCCGGGCACCCCACGUGGUGUUUAUAUGCUUGAAAGCCGCAAUGACCCCGAGCAGUCUAAGCAUUUCCUUGGACGUGCAGCACGGAAGUACUGGGGCAAUAUGGCUCCAGAAUUCUUGCAGCCCACAUACUUGACCAUUGUUUGCCUUGCAUCCGCCUUGGACCGUAUUCGUGAUGCGAGUAUUUCUCAUGGUGGCAACGAAGUUGACGUCCUGUUUUCUACGGCACCCCUGACAGUUGAAGCAAUUAGCAGAAUGCCUUAUCUGCGCGACAAAUUCCAGGGCGUUCUUUUCCGACAACGCUCCGAGGCACCCGAGAAACAGACGCCGAAAUUCCCCAGGGAGCUUACUGUGGCAACUGGCGGUAUCCUUGGUCCUGGUGUUCGUGGCCUACGUCCUAAAGUCGAGGAGUUCGAUCCGCUCGAGGAGAAUCAGGAAAACCAGCAGAGCGAGGAGGCACCGGAGGUACCAGUCGCAUCAAAUGCAUCAGAACCAGAUGCUCAAGUGGCACCAGUGACACCAGAAAGUGAAACCAAAAAGCCUGCUAGAAAGUCCAAGAAACCUAAGGAGCCUCGACGUGAUCCCCGAAAGGAGGCCGAUGCCGCCAAUGCAGAGGAGUGGACAGGUAUUCUUCCCCCGGAAGAUCUGAUUGAUUUCCAAGGUCAAACUCAACAUGCAAGAUCGCGUCGACGAAUCCCACUCCCUCUACCACCAAAGUCGACCCGAAAGACAAAGCGAGGUCAUUGGAGGACACCUCCCCAAGAACGCAGGGCUGAGAAGGACACUCGGCCUCCAAAGGAUGCGCCGAAGAAUGAUUCCUAG